AUGAACGGACCACCGGGUGUAUCUAUUUUCAACGAUGGAGUUAGCAUCAACCUUAACAACAGUGCGCUUGAAAAGCAGCGUGCCCUGGAGGAGGAAGAAAUACUCGAGGACCAAAAGCGCCUUCAGCAGCAGCUGGCUAACGAGCUGGAAAAUGCAUUCGACGAUGUGGAAUGUGACGACAACGAUACGCUUGAUUCCUUCACCCAUCGAUACUCCGAUGGAGAUGACGAUGACGAUACCGGGCGAAGCAGCAAACGGCCGCCAGCCCCGCCUGUCCCAUUGUCAGCAAUGGCCUCAAUUCCGCAGAUGAGUUCAGCCGAACAGGUGGGACAAGUGCAUCCCAUGAAUGAUUACGGCGGUGCAGCUGCACGAGAAUUACGCUUACUGCUGGAGUCGAAAACCCGUGAGCUAGAGCACGUUACGAGAGAAAUGUACGACCAGCGCCACAAACACGAACAGCAAAUGGGUGAGCUGGAAAAGAAGCUUCUUAUCGAGCAAGCAGAAAAGGAUCGGGCCAACAUGACGCGGGAUCAAACCCGCGAACUGUUGGUGCAGAGCAAGACGAAGAUAUCCGAGGCAGAAGACACGAAUGAAAAGCUACGGGCGAAGGUAUCCGGCCUGGAGGACGAAAAUGUGAAGCUCGUGGGUAAGUUGGAACAGACAACGAUGAUGCUGCAGGACAAUCUGCACCGCUACCGGAUGUUGGAGCAAAAUUCGGCCCAAAAAGCUGAUCGCCACACGGACGCACUGCUGAAGCAGACUGAGGAACGGCACAAUGCAAAGGUGGCGAUGAUGCAGCAACAGAUCGACAAUCUGCGCAGCGAGCUGGACGAACGGCAGCAGGAUUGCCGGAGGCUAGAGGCACGCUACGGUGAACUACAGAAAUCGCGCGAAGCCAUGCUUGUGGAGCAGUCGGAAACCGUGCAACGGUUGCAGGUACAGCUGGAGGACUCGCAGCGCCAGUGUUCGAACUUACUGUCCAAGAGCAAAAAUCAGGGCGAUUUCGAGCAGGAAAGGCUGCGAAUGCGCAAUCGCAUUCAGGCACUUGAGAAGGAACAGUCCGGCAUGCAGCAAACCAUACACGAUCUUACGAACCGGCUGGAGAAAACGAAUGCCGAGCUUGAGCUGAUGGAUAGCAUAAUGCAUUGUGGACAACCGGAAGAGGAGGAGGAAGAACCCGCGGGCGGUGACAAAAAGCCACUCAAUGCUGAUACAACCACGGGCGGGUAUACCUUUGCGCAGCGCAAUCUGAUCGGUAGUACGCCGCACAAUAAUGUACCGAGCUUGCGCGAUCGUGGUGGUGGAGAUAGCGAUAAUCGGGUUGUACGGCUUAAAAAUGAGCUGCGCGUCUGUAUGACGGGACAGAAAGAGAAACGGGAGCUGAUACGGCAACUGGAAGCAAGCCUGCAGGCGAAAGAUCGCGAGCUGGAUCAGUUGAAAAAGGACGAAAGUGAAACGCUGGUGCAGAUGAACCAGUAUAAGGAGGAAGCAUUCCGGCUCGCCUCCAAGUGUAGAAUAUUAGAACAAGAGCUGGAAAAGCUAACAGCUGAUGAAACAGGGAGCGCGAAGAAAAAUAACGAACGAUCGAUAACUACCGGUAACGGUGGUGCAGCAAACCGUCGACGGUCGAGUAGCGAUUUUCGACCGGAAGCGUUUCUCGAGGAUAAGAUUUUCACCCUACAGCAAACAAAACUCGAAGCCGACGAACGAAUCCAGCUGCUGGAUCGUGAAAACCAACAGCUGACCGAACGGUGUGCAACGCUAACCAACGAAACCGGUUCCCUUGCUGCACUAAAGCUCGAAGUGGAAAAGCAAAAAUUUCUUCUGCUGGACGCCUACAAAGAGUGCGAUCGUUUGAAGCGGCUGUACAUAGAGGUGAGCGGAGCGAAAGAAGAGCUAGGCCGGGAGCUGUCCACCUUGCGAUCGCAAGACAGUGCAAAACAGAUUGCGGUCUUGCAAGAGCAGGCCGUUUCGCUCGAACGAGCUCUCCAGUUGGCCGAACUGAAGGCGAGUGAAUUGGCGAAGCUACUAGACAAGGAAAAGACGGACCAUGAGCAGCUGUUGAAGCAAAUGGCGAGCAGUACGGUUGGUCACACGCAAAAAGGGGAUGGAAAAAGUACUGCUGCUACCGGAGGCAACAGUUGCACCAAGUGCAUCGAUGGGUUAACACAGAUCUCAAAGUUGGAGAUAGAAAAUCUGAAGCUUCAAUCUAGCUGCUCGUCACAACUGCGAGAAAUUGCCGAACUGACAGUUCAACUAAACGAUCAACUCGCGACAGUAAGCGAGCUACACAAACGGCUCGAUCUGAAGGCAGAACGCGAUCAACUGUUAGACGAGCUGAAGGAAAAGGCGGCCCAGUUCGAGCAGAUCAUUCGCAACCAAAUGUCGAACAAUUCCUCCAGCACCACGUGCGAUAGUGCCACAUCACCGCGAAAAGUUUCGUCUCGAGAUCAGAGUGUCGGUACGGACGAUGAGCUGAUCGGUGGUUCCCCACCACUCGAGGAUCCCGAAACACGUCGCCAGUUGCGCGAGCUGGAACAGAAGGUGCGCGAAGAGGUGGCCAAGGUAUACGCCGGGAAGGUUAACCAGAUCGAGGAAAAAUUUCUUGCCCAGUUUAACCGGUUCAAGGAAAACAUCGACACGCUCAAGAACGAACUGUACGAUCGGGUGGCCGAGCUGAAGGUACGCAACCAGGAGGUUGAGGUGCUCAAGUGUGCCAUUGUGACGGAGCGCGAAAAGAUGUCCGAACUGUUGGCACAAAAGGACACGGAUGCACGCUCGCUAUUCGACAAGCAAUCGGAGCUGAUGGGCAAGUACAAGGCAGAGCUAGCGAAUGGGCAGAAAAAGGUGCAGUUUCUCGAACGUGAGCUGCAGGAAAAACGGGAGCUGGUUGCCAGCGAACGGCAAUCGAUGGAAAAGUUGAUUACGCAGAUCACUGCCGAACGGAAAAUGUUCCACGAGCGGGAACAGGAAAUGAACGAUCGGUUUAAGGAGGUCGAGGAGGAGUACCAGAAGAGUCUCGAUUUGGUGACGGAAAAGUAUCAAUCUGCAAAGAAAACCGCACUCAACUAUAAGAAAUAUGCGGAAGAUAAGGAGAAGCACAUGCUGAAGGAGUACGAUCGCAUCAAGGAAGGUUAUAAUGUAGCGCUACAAAAGGUACAAACCCGCAUGAAGGAAGCAUUGGAAGGCAAGGAACAAAGCUUGCGCGAAAGGAUGGCCACACUAGAAGCCGAAUACGAAUCGAAACUUCAGCGUAUCGGGGCGGAAAAGCGAAAAUGA